GGGGGCGGGCGGGGCGAGGCCAGGCGGCCCCGCCGGGCAGGGCGCGCUGCGGCAUGGAUUACUCCGAGCCCGGCUCGCCGCAGGGCGCUCGGCACCUGCCCGGCCAAGCCGGCGGCUACGGCAGCGGCGGCUACGAGCGGCCGAGCCGCGGCGAGGAGGAGGAAGCGGCGGAGCAGGAGGAGGAGGAGGAGGCGGCUGUCCGCGCCCGCCCGCCCCGCCGCCCGCAGCCGCCGCUCCGCGCCGCGCUCUCCACCUCCUCCUCUGAGGGCGACCCCGAGCCGGCGGCGCCGCCGCGGGAGCGCAGCCUCAGCGACGAGGCCGCCGCCGGAGACUUCGACUCGGCCGAGUCCGGCGCGUCGCUGCGCUACUCCACGGGCACGGGCGGCCAGGGCAGCGAGGGCGAGGGCGCGGGGCUGGGCAGCAGCGACAGCGGCGGCAGCGGCUUCUCGCUGGCGGCCACCGCGCUGCCCGAGAGGCGGCGGCCGGGCGGCGGCCGGCCCCGCUAUGAGGUGGUGCGGGAGCUGGGCGCCGAGGAGGUGCGCUGGUUCUACCGCGAGGACCGCAAGACCUGGAAGCCCUUCAUCGGCUACGACUCGCUGCGCAUCGAGCUGGCCUUCCGCGCCCUGGGCAGCGGCGGCGGCGGCGGCGGGGAGCCGGCGGCCGUGGAGCCGGUGUGCGUGCGGAGCGGGCUCUACGAGGUGGAUGUGGCCAGCGCCGAGAGCUACCCCGUCUAUUGGAACCAGACGGAAAAGAUCCCUGUAAUGCGUGGACAGUGGUUUAUUGAUGGCACUUGGCAACCUCUGGAAGAGGAGGAAAGUAAUUUAAUAGAGCAGGAGCAUCUGAACCGCUUCAAAGGCCAGCAGCUGCAGGAGAGCUUUGAAAUGGAAAUAUCCAAACCUGUUGAUGGCAAGGAGGCUAUUCAUAGUCUAAAGCUGAGCCGUAACCAUGUGGACUGGCACAGUGUGGAUGAAGUGUAUCUGUACAGUGAUGCCACAACAUCCAAAAUUGCAAGGACUGUCACACAAAAAUUGGGGUUUUCCAAAGCUUCAAGCAGUGGCACAAGGCUACACAGAGGCUAUGUAGAGGAAGCCACGUUGGAAGACAAGCCACCCCAGACCAGCCACAUUGUGUUUGUUGUGCAUGGCAUUGGGCAGAAGAUGGACCAAGGAAGGAUCAUCAAAAACACAGCCAUGAUGAGAGAUACAGCAAGAAAAGUGGAAGAAAAGUAUUUUUCCAACCUUGCAACACACGUGGAAUUCCUUCCAGUGGAGUGGAGAUCAAAGCUGACCCUCGAUGGAGACACUGUGGACUCCAUAACUCCGGAUAAAGUGCGGGGUUUGCGGGAUAUGCUCAACAGCAGUGCCAUGGACAUCAUGUACUACACCAGCCCUCUCUACAGGGAUGAGCUGGUGAAGGGGCUGCAGCAGGAGCUGAACCGGCUCUACUCCCUCUUCUGCUCCCGGAACCCCGAGUUCGAGGAGAAGGGAGGGAAGGUCUCCAUCGUGUCCCACUCCCUGGGCUGUGUCAUCACCUACGACAUCAUGACUGGCUGGAAUCCAGUCAGGCUCUAUGAGCAGCUGCUGCAGAAGGAGGAGGAGGAGCUGGAGGAGAGUUGGAUGAGCUACGAGGAGCGGCGUUUGCUCGAGGAACUUUACAUAACCAAACAACGGUUGAGAGAGAUAGAAGAGAGGUUAUAUGAGUUAAAGGCAUCCACCAUAUCAAAACCACCUGUCUUAAAAUUUAAGGUUGAGAAUUUCUUCUGUAUGGGAUCCCCCCUGGCUGUGUUCCUGGCCUUGCGUGGGAUCCGUCCCGGCACCAGCGGCAGCCAGGACCACAUCCUGCCCAGAACCAUUUGUAACCGCCUGUUAAACAUUUUCCAUCCAACAGAUCCAGUGGCCUACAGAUUAGAACCCUUAAUCCUGAAACACUACAGCAACAUCUCACCUGUGCAGAUCCACUGGUACAACACGGCCAACCCCCUCCCUUACGAGCACAUGAAGCCAAGUUUCCUGAACCCCAGCAAAGAAGCUACCUCAGCCCCGGAGCCCGAGAGCGCCUCGGCGGCGCCCAGCCCCACCACGUCCCCGGUCAUGGUGCGGCGCCACUACGGCGAGUCCAUCACCAACAUUGGCAAAGCCAGCAUCCUGGGAGCUGCGAGCAUCGGGAAGGGCCUCGGUGGGAUGCUCUUCUCCAGGUUUGGCCGGUCCAGUGCCACCCCCCAGACCAUGGAGACAGGGAAAGAUGGACCUGAGGGGGAUGAGAAGAAGGCCACCACUGUUGGGACCCCACCUCUGCCACACAGCAGCUCGGGAUUCCUCGAACCCACAGUGGAACUGGAGCACAGGAUCGACUUUGAGCUCAGGGAAGGUCUCGUGGAGAGCAGAUACUGGUCUGCAGUCACAUCCCACACUGCUUACUGGUCAUCUCUGGAUAUUGCCCUUUUCCUCCUCACCUUCAUGUACAAGCAAGACCAAGAAGAGACUGACAAAUCCAACUUGGACACCAUCUGAAUCUUGGACUGGGGACAGGAGAGGAAACUUUAAAAACCAAUGGCACAAAGCAGGUGUUUGACUGCAGAGCUGCAGGACCUGUGGCAUGGAGGUUUCAGGUUUAAGUGCAUGUUUGGGGGGUUUUCCUAUUUCUAAAGAGGAGAAGUUAUUUGUAUUUUAAAGCACUUUAUAGUUUUCAGUGUUUUGCAGUGCUGAAUUAGACCUGAAAGGAUUCCAAAUUCCUGUCAACGUGGACUGUACAAAGAGCCAAGACAGCAUUGUAGCAUCCCAUGAGCAGUUGUGCUUGGGUGACAUCCUUGUUAAUGACCAUAAUUGCUGUUUAGUUCAUUAAAAUAUUUAAAAAAAAAUUUAGUGGGUUAAAAAAAAAAAAAAAAACAACAACAACAAAAAAAAAAAAACCAACAACAA